AUGUCUUUUACAGAAAGUACGGAGUCCCCUUUGUUCCCCUGCUCCUGCACCGUUACGUCUUACUCUUACUCGGGGCUGGAAUUUAGCUUUGGGGACAUCCCCGCGCCCCACCUAGUCCCUCAGACCUUCACCAUUGGACAGCAUGCAAUUGCGCCUCUGUUUACCGACACCGAACGCCUCGCAGAGUUCCCACCGAGUUUCCCCCCCUUUUCCUCUCGUCUAUCGACGUUCGUCAUUCUCCCUCGCUUGACUGCGGAGAACAUAACGAGCAGAGGACAGGGCUGUUGGCAGCUGGAUACGAAUUAUCGGAAUGUCAUUCCAGCCACCCCGGCUCGAAACAUUCUUCAGCAUCUCCAGAAGCUCCAGAUAUUUUCUUCUCCAGCCACCAGGGCCCUGGCCGGGGUCCGUCCUUUCUCGCCUGUCACUAAAAAGAGGCCCGCGCAGUUGACAUGUUGA